AUGCACACGGCUCAGGCACUCGCAUCCAUCCGGCGCGCACGUACUAACGACACCGAAGGUGGAACUUCACGCGUACGAAAGUAUCCUAGCGAACACUCGUCACUCUUGCAUGGUCAUGGACACAGUGGCAGCAAUGGUCACGUGAGCAGCAUGGGCUAUCAAUUGUCCUCGGGUGCCACUUCAAGUGAUUUUAAUGACAAGCCGCUGUCACUUAAGGAGGAUUUGCAUGCAAUUUACGAUAUGAUCAAGCAACAACCGCUUAAUUUAUUGCUACUUUCGGCGCCACUUGCCAUCUGGGCCUCUAUCGGUGGUUGGAGCGACAUGUGGGUCUUUGUCUUUAAUUUUCUCGUUAUGAUUCCUCUCGCCAAUCUGCUGGGUGAGGCCACUGAAUCGUUGGCUUUCCACACGGGCGAAACUAUUGGUGGACUUGUCAAUGCGACGUUUGGCAAUGCUGUUGAGGUUAUUGUUGCCAUCUUCGCACUCAACGCAGGCGAAAUAAGCGUAGUUCAAAGCUCACUUAUAGGCUCGGUAUUGUCCAAUCUGCUGCUUGUCUUAGGUUGUGCCUUUAUUGCUGGUGGUCUGCACAACAAGGAAAGUUCGUUUAAUGCUGUGGGUGCGAGCGCCAACUCGUCGCUGCUCAUGUUGGCCAGUUUCGCCAUGCUUCUACCCAGCUACAUUUUUUACUUCUCCGACAACGACUCGGAAGAAACGCGUGUGGCCAAUACGCUCAUUCUCUCACGCAUUGCUGCCGCCUUCCUGCUCUUCAUGUAUCUUCAAUUGCUAUAUUUCCAGCUCAAGACACAUGCUGAUUUUUUUGAAGAUGUGCAAGACGACUCCGAGGAGACUGUAGCUCUCUCUAUGCGUGCUAGUGCUGUUGUGCUACUAUUGGCGACUCUACUCGUGUCAUUGUUCUCGCAGUUUCUUGUCAACUCUAUUGAUGGGUUUGCUACUCAAUUGCACUUAAGUAAGUCGUUUAUUGGAAUCAUCCUGUUGCCGGUCGUCGGGAACGCUGUAGAGCACGUAACGGCCGUCAAGGUGGCACUUAAUAACAAAAUGGAGCUGGCAAUGGGCGUCGCAGUGGGAUCAGCCACGCAAGUUUCGCUUUUUGUGGUGCCUGUUGUCGUGCUUUCGGGAUGGUUCAUGGACCGCGCCAUGUCAUUGGCAUUUCCUCAGUUUGAAAUCCUUAUCUACCUCAUGUCAAUCAUUAUCGUGUAUGCGAUUAUCGCGGAUGGCAAAUCCAACUGGCUUGAGGGCUCUAUGCUUCUUACAGCUUAUGCACUGGUGGCGAUCGCACUUGUUUGGGUAGAAGUGCCAACGACAGAGUAA